UUUGACUGCAUGAGGUGACGGGGUGGGGUGUUACUGAAUCGCACAGACAAAUCCGGCGCACAUAAGGAGGAGCGCUCAGCGAGAGCGGAUUGUACUACCCUAUUGCACACAGGUUGUACCAUGCAGCUCUGACAGGGACAGGCGCUAAUAUACUGCCAUUAAUAUAGUGCCAUUCGCUCCCGCGGACGACCAUGGGCAGGAGCCAGGGCGCAUGGAGACGGCAAGUGGUGAGAGCUCGGCCAAAGGCUCCGCUACCUGCAGCCACCCUGACUGCUGUCCAGCCCCUGCCCACAUGGAUGAGACUGUAUUUCUAUGGCAUGCACGGCCUGAGCCUGGAUGUGCUAAGCUCCUGCGCCCGGCUCUUCCCUCACAGCCAGGAUUACAAGCUGCUGGGCUUCUCCUCCCCGUCCCGCUGCCUGCUGCAUGCCCUUGCCCACUUGGCACUAGAGAAGAUCUACCUGCAAAGGAAGAGCUUCCCGCACAGCUCCCUGGCUUUCCACUUUGUCUUCUACCCGUCUGUGGCCGCCGGCCUACACAUUCUGCUCCGCAAGACUCUGCUCCAUGAGCGGCCGCUCAGUGCCCUGGAGCUGGCACUUCAGUACGGGCUGGCAGUCUAUCACUCCCAGGUGUUCCUCCGGCGCUUCUUGCGGCUCACUUACUGCCAGGGUGGGGAACCGGGGCAGGACAAGCGCAGCGCUAGGACCGACGGCUCCCCACUCCAUCCCGGGCUGCCGCUUGUUCUGCGCUUCAUCUUCUUUGGAAUGCACGGAUUUUUGGACGAGGUCUUUUUCACAUCCAUAUUCAAUGCCCUGGAGAGACCGGAGAACGCUCUGAGCGGCCACACGUCUCUGUGGUCCUUUCUCAUGUACGGCAGCUGCAGCCUAGUGGUGGAAAAGCUCUAUCUCUACCUGGGCUUCAGCAGGGGGUGGGCGGCCUGGCAGCGGCUGCCGGUCUAUAUCGCCUUCGUCUACACAUGGGAGUUCGUGUGGGGCUUGGGGCUGCGCUCAUGCAAUGCCUGCUCCUGGGACUAUUCCUAUUACCCGCUGAAUUUCAUGGGACUCGUAACCCUGAUGUAUUUGCCUGGCUGGGUGUUCCUUAGUUUCUACCAGGAUGUGCUGUCCAGGGUGCUGUUGCGGGUGCGCUACACAUAAGCACAGGGAUCCCCACCUUUGCCUCCUUCUCCCAUACACACUGCUGCAGUGCGCGAUUUCUGGACGGAUGACACAGUAGAAGGCUGAUGGGCUGCACAUUGCUUGGCCGGCUACUCAUGUCCCAGUUGCUGUCACUUCAGAGAACAUGCACUGUAACCGAUAGGCUGUGGGGAUACAGCUAACAUGGGGAUGCCCCUAGGGAUGAGGUCCAGGCCGCAGCCCCCCAGCUGUUGUUGAACUACUGAAGGCCACUGAGUGUUCUGGAACAUGACCUUCAAAGCAGAGGCCCCUUUGUUGCACUAAUAGGUCCUUUUCUCGCUUACCUUUAACUGCAUUCUGAGCAUCCAACUGGGAGUCACUAACACUGAGCCCAAGGACAUGGACUGGUCUGCAGCGAGUCAGUGCCACUCAACUGCUAUCCCUCAGCUUACUCCAAGAUGUACCAGAAUAUCCAGAAUACUAGUAAUUAGUGCAUUGUAUUUCAACAGCAUGUUAGAGGGCUGCAGCUUAUGUAGCUUCAUUGGCAAUUUACUUGGUAGCUGCAGUUAGGAUAUAAUUUAUAAAGUUCUGUAGUUACUUACCAAGUAUUGUUACCUGAAGCUAUGGACUGGAAGUGACUGCAAGCCCUAGGCUUUUUUUAAUCUGCAUUGAAUUUCUCAAGCACACAGGAACAUCUAACUAGGCUGCUCACUUGUUGCACCCUAAGAAUGAUUAUUAUAUCAAGCAUCCUUUUUCUGUGUUGGCUUCCUUGUUACUGAGAAUUUACUGUAUGUUGGGACAAAUGGAAUGAUUUUUACUAUAAUGAAUUUUAGAUGAAAAGUCUAACAUAUGUUGCACCAAUACAUUAUAGGUUUGUAUCAGACAAACAAUAGAUAUUGAUUUACAUGCCUUGGACUCAUCGUAUUUAAGAGCAUUUGUUAGAUUCAUGUGUGGCCUGCAAAUUAUAGAUUAUAAAUAAAACCUGCUGAUUGAACUCAGUUAAUUUACACUUGUUGCCUGCUUUAAAUGUUUUAUAAAUCUUUCUAAUUAUCUUUCUUAUUGCUCUAGUAAAAUAUUAAUGGUUACCAUUGCUGACAGGCUUUUUUAAUAAUGCAUCCAGCUCAUAUCUAUGAAAUUAAUUAUUCCUUUUUCAGCCAACAUCUGAGCAUGGCUUUGCCAUGUGGAGCUCCUGCUCCUGCUCAUUAGGUUAACAAGGUGUGGGGAUGAGAGGAGACUUUGGAGGUAGUUACAGGAACUACUUGUGGACAGAACAAACUUUUCUCAGGAAGUUGGUACAGUCCUGAGUAAAUCAUAGGUAACUGACGUAAGAGUGCAAGAACCUUGUUUGUGAGCUCAUUUAGGGGCAUAGGUUUUGAGCAUGCAAGUAAGCGGAGACUGCAAGUUUGAAUAUAAGUUAGUAGUAGAGGAGAUAAUGUUGUCAGGGUCAUAACUACAGAGAAAGCAGACGCUGCCCAAUAAGGUCCUAAUUAUAGAGCAAUUUCAAUAUAUUUUGAUAGCAUAGGUCAACUAAAGGGACCCAAAACGGAAUUUGCUGUAGGGCCCAGUAACAUCUAGUUACGCCACUGAAUGUUGUUAUAGUUACUAACCAGAUUAUCAGGAUAGGAUGAAUACUUCAGUAAGGAGAGACUGGACCUGGAAAGGCCUAGGACUGGGAGGUCAAUAAAACACAUUCUGAAUUUAAGCAGUAGGUGAAGGAGUAGAUAGGGUAGAAGAGUAAGACAAAAUGUAACAUGAUGAUAAUUGGAAAGAGAGAUGGGUUCAUGGUUAAAAGCAGAAAGACUUUUGUAUGGACUAGAUCUAUAAAGUGAGCACAAAAGAAGAAAAGGAAAUGCACACAAAACGAUUUGCGCUUCACACGCUCUUCAUCAGUGGAAAAAGUUUGGUCUGUAUGUGCACUCCACAAUAAAGGUUGGAGUAUUUUUUUUAUGCUAUAUAUAUUUUUUUUUUUUUUUCAAAAAAAUACCUGAUUCCACCUUCAUCCCUAUCUCCACUUUCCCUAAUGUUUUUAAUAUUUAUUACAUCUCCCUGUGCCCUCACCUUUUCACUAUUACUUUCUCUUUUCCCUGCUACCAUAUUCCCAUAUACACCUUCCGCACUUGUUGUUUCAUGCUCCUAUUUUGCCCCCAUUAAUCAAUUUCCCUAUUCUGUAUUGAACAGAAAAUAAAAACCAUGUUCUUUUCUGUUUUAUUGCAAUGUUUUUACAUAGACUUAUGCAUAGAAAAAACAACAUUUUAUAUAUUUGUAAAGCUUACAAUGUUAAGUGGAAUACGUUCCCAAUAGAUCAUGUAUCACACAAUAAGGCCAUUUUUUAUCGUACAGAUUUCAUUAAAAAUAAUGCAUUAAUUAUGACCAGGGCAAUGAUGAAUAAUGUCAUGCUGUUCAAUAAAAUGUGUAAUUUUGCCAUUCUAUACGGUUAACCACUUUAACUCUCUGUAGCAUCACCUCAUAUGAUGCGGUUACAGAAAAGAGAAAAAAAGCAAAAUGAAGGGGAUGAGGGCUUUGACCACUCUAAAAGAACAAGGAAACCAGUUACGGUCAUCAGUGAUCUCCUCAAAAAGCAGAAUAUGGCUGCUUGGGAACAAUGACAAAAUCCAAACAGUAACAGUUGUGACUUCAGGGCAAUGUUUAAUUUAUUAAUAACUGCAAAAGCAAAGUCUUCAGCCAUGUGGCAAUUAUCCUUCAGAUAUACUUCAUAAUUUAUAAACGGAGAAUAAAGGUUUGGCGUGUGCUAACAGUAAUUAGUAGUUGUUGCUAGACAAAGCCUUUAUGCAGAACUCACACCGCCAGCAACAUCAACAGGUAAAAAAAAGCCCUAUUUAAGAAGUAUACUAGCGUAAAUAAGCACAAUUUCUACUUCCAUAUAAAAUGCAUAGUAAUGGGCUGUAAAGUGCUUUCAUAACAGUGGUAAAAGAUUUUGAGCAGGCGUGAGUAAGCAUUUAUCUAAACAAAAAAAAGAGUCAACCUCUCUCUCAUCUUUUCAUUGUUGAAGUGUUGGAUUCUGAGAUGUAAAAUCCUAACACUUUCGGCACAGUGAGCAGAGAGAUUUAAAGGGGAUCCAAACCCAAAAAAAGAACAGAUGUAAUUGAUAAUAUAUUUAACAUUUCUGAGAUAUCAGCAUUUUUAUACUGCAAAUAUCAAGCUUCUGGCUCAAUUGGAAUUCAGCAACCCAAGUGUUAACUAUAAACAGGAAGUGCACAGACAGGAUGGCUGACACUCUGGGCCUUCACAGAGAGCUGUUGAGCUGAAACCUGCCUAGUAGUACAAAACUGUUAAUAUCUUAACCCACUUUAAAAUGGAGCGGUAAAAUUGGGAGUUUAGACCCCUUUAAAGUCCAAGAAUCCCCCACUUUCAACAUGAAAGCGGAGGAUUUGAAUGUUUCUGCGUGCCUAAAGGGAAGGGGGUCAGACUGUCCAUUUCCUCUCACUUGGAGGAACCAUGUAUCCCAUGUAAGAAGUUACUAAUGUGACCUUUUUAAGAUUUAUUCCCGUUGUGUUUUUUUUUUUUUUAAGGCAGUCCAAAAUACUUGAGAGUUUUACUAUAACCUCAGUGUAAUUUUGUAUAGCAUACAGAACCAUUUUAAGUGCUUUUCAAAUUUGAUAAAACAGCAUGGCUAAACCUUUUCAGUUGUCUGUUUUAUGGAACCUACUAGCUGUUCUUUACACUAAAGACUUCCCCCAUCUCUGUAGUAGGAUAAUGGAUUAUAUGUGUACUUUAGGAAAUUAAAAAAAAAAU